AUGGAGCUGUCGGGGCACCAAGGGGCUGGAGCUGUGCCGGCGUCCUCCCCAGGCCUGCUGGAGCAGGGUGGCCACACCUAUGCCAUGCUGGUGCUGGACACCACAGCGGACCAGAUCGGGAGUCGCCGUGGGUGCCCAGUGCCAUCCAAGUUAAUCCUGGGGGAGGGAGAGCCCUGGCCCUGCUUGCCUGCAGAGCGGCAAGCAGGCUCCACAGGGCAGCACGAGGGGUCCAGGAGGCCCCUGACUGGCCGGUGUCCUCCAUGCUCUGGCCGCGGCGGCUCUCCUGACCUUCCGGGCCCCCUCCCCCAAAAAACCUGCCCCGUGAACCGCCCCAUCGUGCUGCUGCUCAAGGUGCUGGCCCAGCUGCGGGACCACAGCACGCUGCUGAAGGUGUCCUCCAUGCUGCAACGGACCCCGGACCAGGGCAAGAAGUACCUGCGAGAUGCCGACCGCCAGGUCCUGGCGCAGCGGGCCUUCAUCCUCACCGUGAAGGUGCUGGAGGACACGCUGAGCGAGCUUGCCGAGGGCUCAGAACGUCCGGGGCCCAAGGCCUGCAGCCUCCCCGGAGCCAGGAUGACCAGUGACAUCUCACACAAGGCCAGUCCCGAGGAUGGCCAGGAAGGCCUCCCCAAUGCCAAGAAGCCGCCUCUGGCUGACGGCUCAGGGCCAGGGCCCGAGCCAGGGGGCAAAGGGGGCUCCCUCAACCACCGGCCUGUGGCUAUGGACGCAGGAGACAGCACAGACCAGGCCGGGGAGCGGAAGGACAAAGAGAGCCCCCGGGCAGGGCCCACCGAGCCCAUGGAUGUGGGGGAGGCCGCUGCUCGCUGCUCAGACUUGGAGCGGACGCCAUCCCUGCUGCCCGGACGCCCCCCAAGGGACCGGGGCCCCGAGAGCCGGCCCGCGGAGCUGUCCCUGGAGGAACUGAGCAUCAGCGCCCGGCAACAGCCCACCACGCUCACACCAGCCCAGCCAGUCCCCACCCCGGCUCCCGCUACCCCCCCUGCCACGGGGACCAGGGCGGGCAGCCACCCCGAGGAGCCACCCCCACGGCCCAGCCGCAAGAGGAAGCUCCUGGAGGACACGGAGUCGGGCAAGACGCUCCUGCUAGACGCCUACCGCGUGUGGCAGCAGGGCCAGAAAGGCGUGGCCCACGACCUGGGGCGCAUCGAGAGGGUCAUGUCCGAAACCUACAUGCUCAUCAAGCAGGUGGACGAGGAGGCUGCGCUGGAGCAGGCCGUGAAGUUCUGCCAGGUGCACCUCGGAGCCGCCGCCCAGAGACAGGCCUCGGGGGACACGCCUACCACCCCAAAGCACCCCAAGGACAGCCGGGAGAACUUCUUUCCUGCGGCAGCGGUCCCCACAGCCCCCGACCCCGUGCCCGCUGAUGCUCUCCAGUGAACCAGCGACACCCACACCAAGCCUCGCCCCGCACUGUCUGCCACCGUCAUCCCCUGUCCUCCCUCGGCGUCCGCCUCCACCCCAGACCCAUCCAAGGAUCCCGGGCCUCCCCGGCCACACAGACCCGAGGCCACCCCCAGCACAGCCUCUGUGGGCCCAGGUGAGUCCUGUCCUUGAGCUCCUGGAGGUGAGGGCCCCAUGCCUGGUUGUGCCAGAGCCGGGCCCCCACCAGCUGAAGGAAGCCCUGCUCCCGUGGAGUCAGGGCAGGAGGCGGGGGCGCCCCUCAGCCUGGGUGCUCUCCUGGGGCCUGGACGCUGCCGGCGUGCUCCUCAGUCACUGUCCAUCUGUGGCUUGGUCUGGUCAGCACAUCCCUCAUCCGCCGUCUUAACUGAACCCUCAGUGCCUCAGUCUCCCCGUCUGUAAACGAGGGUGGUCAGGAGGCAGGGAGCACCACCUCCGUGCUCCUCCCCAACAAAGCCUUGGGGAGAUGGGAGGGCGGCUUGGUCGGGUUCCCUGUGGGUACCCGAGGGCUCCUGGCACCAGCCUGCCAUGGGGCCAUUGGUGCCAGAGCCUACAUGGGCCCCAUCAAGCCACCAUGGGCAAGGUGGACAGAAACCAGCCAGGGGGGACAAGCCAGGCCAGGUCAGUGGGCUGGUGAAGCACAGGGGCGGGUGCAGGCGGCAGCGGGCCUGGCUGACCCAUUCGUCCUAAAACCCAGGACACCUGCUGCACAGCGGCCUGCUGAGCGAGGCACCGCAGACCGGAGUGGGG